AUGAUGACCGAUUCAACAGAGCAAUCCGCGAAUGCCGUAGAGGUCCCUGCUGCCGAGGCCCCAGUUGUGGAGGUGCCUGUCGCAAACCCAGAGAUCAAGCAAGAUGCGCCUGCCCAGCAGGAUACGCCCGCCACCGUUGGCGGCGAAGAGUCAGAAGAAGACGUCAACUCCAAGAAGGUGACUCUUGCGGAUUUGACUGCUAAGGGCACUGCGCUUUAUGCGAAGAAACAGUACGAGGAGGCAGCCGACUGCUUCACGAGAGCGGCUGAGCUGCAGGACGAAAUUAAUGGCGAGAUGCAGCCCCAGAAUGCCGAGAUCUUGUUCCUCUACGGCCGCAGUGUUUUCAAGGUUGGCCAAAGCAAAAGUGAUGUCCUAGGAGGCAAGGCCGCCAGCGAGAAAAAACCCGAGAAAUCGAAACCAAAGACCAAGAAGGCCGCACCUGUCGCAUCCAUCAAUGCGUCUGUCGAGACCGACGCAGAGAGAGUAACAGAAGAGGGUGUCGCAAUUGUUGCCAGCGAAGUGGCCGGAGCGGAUACAGAUGAGAAGGCUGGAGAGAAGAAACCUCUCUUCCAGUUUACCGGCGACGAAAACUUUGACGACUCGGACGAGGAAGAGGCCGAGGGCGAAGGCGAGGAAGAAGAGGAAGACGAAGACGAUCUCGCCGUUGCUUUCGGUGUUCUUGACAUGGCCCGCAUCCUCUACAGCCGCCAGCUGGAACAACUAGAGAAGGAGGAGCCCAAUGGCAAGGCACAAGAACAGGUUGACAGUGAAAAGCUUACCAUCAAGCACGUCAAGGAGCGCCUCGCCGAUACCCACGAUCUCCUUGCUGAAAUUUCCCUAGAGAAUGAGAGAUACCCCGAUGCGAUCGAAGACUCUCGCAAGUCAUUGAAGUACAAGAAAGACCUGUACACUGAUGACUCCGAAAUCAUUGCUGAAGCACAUUUCAAGCUGUCAUUGGCUCUUGAGUUCGCCUCCGUAACAACUACCCAGGAGGAAGGUGAGAAGGCGGAUAAGCAAGCCUUUGAUGAGAAGCUUCGUGAGGAGGCAGCAAAUGAAUUGGAAGCAGCCAUCAACAGCACGAAGUUAAAGCUUCAAAACAAGGAGGUUGAGUUGGCCACCAUGGCCUCGCCAGAGGACAACGAGGUUACAAGAGCAACAAUUACGGAUGUCAAAGACAUGAUUACGGAUAUGGAGCAACGUCUCGUGGAGCUCCGCAAGCCACCUAUCGAUAUGAAUGCCGCUCUUCGCGAUGCUGGCGGUGACGCCAUGGGAGGCAUCCUGGGUGCCGCUCUCGGCGAAUCGGCCGAGCAGACUCAGGCUCGCAUCGAGGAAGCCAAAAAGACGGCCACCGACCUUACUGGAUUGGUCAGGAAGAAGAACAAGGAGGAGCCUAAGCCUGCUGCGUCCCAGUCUAAUGGCGGGGAGGCCAAUGGUAGCAAGCGCAAGGCCGAGGAACCUGCAGAGGAGGACGAGGCAUCUAAGAAGGCCAAGGUCGAGGAAUCACCUGCUGUGUUGCUCGUGAGUCACCGUGGAAUCGUCACGCCGAACCUCCUGCGAGCCCAUUGCCCAAUCCCAGGAACGACCCCGCUUCGCCAACCUUCUCCCUCCACCCAUUUAAAAAAAAAAUCAUACAUCAUGCUCGACCUUCAGGAUUUUAUCAAGGAGCGUGGCGGCGACCCGGAGAAGAUCCGCGAGUCUCAGCGCCGUCGCCAUGCGCCUAUUGAGGCUGUAGAUGAAGUUAUUGCUCUGUGGGAAGAUCACCGCAAGACUCAAUACGCUGCGACACAGAUUGGCAGCGACAUUAACGCUACGCAAAAGGAGAUUGGCAUGAAGAAGAAGAACAAGGAGAACGCCGACGACCUGCUCAAGAAGAAGGAGGACCUGCAGAAGCAGAAGAAGGAUAAGGAGGACGAGGCGGCCGCGAAGCUCGUCACGCUGAACGCCAAGGCCAAGAGCAUCGGCAACUACGUCCACGAAUCCGUCCCCAUCAGCGAUAACGAGGACAACAAUGUGACAGAACGCGAGUGGAAGCCCGAGGCUGGCCUUGCCCCCAAGACCGAGCAAACGCUCAGCCAUCACCAGAUCGUUACGCGUCUGGCUGGUUAUGAUUCCGAAAGAGCUAUCAAGCUUGUCGGUCACAGAGGUUACUGCUUGACCGGUUACGGUCUCUUCCUCAACCAGGCUCUGAUUAACUACGGUCUCGAGUUCCUUUUCAACAAGGGUUACACUCCCAACCAGCCCCCUUUCUUCAUGAACCGUAACCAGAUGGCCAAGACCGCUCAACUUGAGCAAUUCGACGAGGAACUGUACAAGGUUACCGGCGACGGCGAGGAGAAGUAUCUCAUCGCUACCUCUGAGCAGCCUCUCUCUGCCCUGCACAGCGAGGAGUGGAUCCAGGGCAGCCAGCUGCCCAUCAAGUAUGCAGGUUACAGCACGUGCUUCCGCAAGGAGGCUGGCAAGCAUGGCAAGGAGGCCUGGGGUCUUUUCCGUGUCCACCAGUUCGAGAAGAUUGAGCAGUUCGUUUUCUGCAAACCUGAGGACAGCUGGAAGCACUUCGACGAGAUGAUUGGUGCUUCUGAGGAGUUCUACCAGAGCCUUGGCCUGCCCUACCGGGUUGUCUCCAUCGUCUCUGGAGCUCUGAACAACGCCGCUGCCAAGAAGUACGACCUGGAGGCCUGGUUCCCCUUCCAGGAGGAGUACAAGGAGCUCGUCUCCUGCUCCAACUGCACCGACUACCAGACCCGUGAGCUCGAGGUUCGCUAUGGUGUCAAGAAGGCCAAGGAGGCCCCCGGUGGUGGACGCAAGGAGUAUGUCCACGCCCUCAACGCCACCCUCUGCGCCACGGAGCGUACCCUUUGCUGCAUCUUGGAGAACUACCAGACCCCCGACGGCUUCAAGGUCCCCGAGGUCCUCCGCAAGUACAUCCCCGGCCAGCCCGAGUUCCUGCCUUACGUUGCAGAACUUCCCAAGGAGAUUACUGUUGUCGCUGGCCAGAAGAAGAAAUAA